GCGCUACCGCACAACAAAGAUCAUCAUCGCCAUAUAUGAGGCCGAAACUUAGCAUCAAGCCAAAUCGCGGAAACCUAACGUCACUGUGUCAUCGCACAUUAUUUGGCACGCAGUUGUCUUGGCGCUGGCGUUGCCGCCGCCGACAUGAUCCUCUAGACGCAGUCAGCGGCCGUUUCAGCCAUGCUUUGAUUGAUCAUCAGGCAAUGACAGAACGAACGCUCGGAGUCGGGAACACGACAUUGCUGGUCGCGCCCAUCUCCUUCUUCUCGAUUCGACUUCCUCAUUCCGAUGUCCACCCAGAACCUUUCCCUGCAAAGCCCGCCGUCACAACCCAUGUUGCCUCUGGUUCAGGUGCACCAUAAGGUGCAUCCCCAAUCAAACCACCAAGCAGUUCCCUCGCAUUACAGCCGCCAAAAUCCGAGCAGCCCCUCAGGCGACCAGCUUCCACAGUCAUCAAGAGACCCCAUAUCUUUUCGGUCUUCGAAAGAACUCGCAAAAGCCAUUCCCAUUCGGAAUUUGCAGCCCGGCCAUCCUAUCUACCAUCGCACAGCCAGACUCUCGCUUCCAUCCUAUGUCGCUGAUCAGAAUGAAUACCAGCUUCGACGCAAGACUCCAAACGGGACCUUGUAUGCCGGCUACGAUGGCUCUCCAACGCAGCUUGCCCAAGGCCCUCCACCGUUGAAGCAUAUGAUACUAUCAGCUCCGCCGGCUGCUUCGGUAACCUCCCGGCCGCAAAUGGGCCCCAAUAUAUACUCCGCUUAUCCGUCGAGCCAGCGCGCGAAUGGGCUUACUUCACAAGUGUGCGACAGUCACACUUUCGAUGCCGUACAGCCGGCUUCUAUCACACAAUGCCCGCGAUCUUCUCUGCUCGAUUUCCAACAACACAGACGCUACUCGGCCGAUCCUAGCACACCGCGCUUUCACGGAGCCCCGUUUGAUAUCAGCAAUGGACCGGAACGGUGGUCAACUUGGUAUAGUGCCCAGCCACAACCUCCGUACGACACCUUGACCGCCAGAGCUGGCUGUCUGGGUGCGCCCCAUGUCUCCGAUUAUAUAGACAGCCGUCCAGAUCGCAGCGAACGCCGAGACUUUGGAUCUAUGCCGCCUCGCAAUGAUCUUGGAUACCCACCAUCCUUGUUGCAAACGUCCUAUCCUGCUGUGGAGUCUCUAGCUAUAGGAUUCAAUUCUUUCCAGCCUGAUAUGUCCACGGCCUCUCAUUUUAGAGAGAAGACAUUGCUUCAGGCAUAUCGUGCUUACAUGGAUUUGCUAACGCAACUUCAUCAUAUGCGGAAGGCUGGCCCUUCGUCUCUGAGCUCUAGCGCGCUGUCAAAACUGCUUGUCUAUCCAAAGCCAUCGAAGCCAAAGACUUGGGACCCCAACAUAGCUCUAAGGGGGCCAGCCCACGCCACCGAGCAAUCUUUCAUGAAUACGAGAACGAGGGCGACGCGGUUUCCACCUGCGAACAUGUCUUUCGUCGGUACACCUCCAGUUGAGUGGGAUGCCGGUCCUAAGCAUGCCCCUGUCGUUCCAACAGCCAUGACGCCGUGCCAUGCUUUGCCUAUGGAGAUACACAAGGGCUCGCCAUCGUCAAGCGCGAAUGCUUCAUUAGAGACUCUGACACACCUCUGUGAACAAAGCAGUUGGAAAUGGAUAGACGGAAUGAUGCUUGGAGGGUGUCUACUUUAUGGGCUUGAUCGCUUCGAAGACGCCUCGGACUGGUUCAGUCGAAUCAUUGAGCUUAACGCCAACAAUGUAGAGGCUAUGUCGAACAAGGCAGCGACGCUCUUCUGCCUGAACCGACAGGAAGAAGCCGAACAGCUUUGGCUCCAAGCUAUCAGGAUACGCCCGCAGUUCAUAGAGGCUGCUGAACACCUCGUUGGCUUGCUUUACAAGAAGCGGGGCCGGGAAGCUGUCAGGAUCAUUGACUUUGUCCAGCGGUCCUUGAAGCUGCCGGCCGUCACAAGCCAUUCAAGAGAACUCGAUUCAAAAUUGGCAAGAAACUCUGAAUCCAGCGACAGCCAGACCCGAACAUCUUCCCUCACGUUGUCUGAGAAUGCAGACGGAAAGUCGUCAGGGUUUGGAUCCAGCGGUUAUGCCAUACCAGCAGCCGAAAACGGCCGGAUGCUUGCCCUCGUGCACGCCAAGGGCACUAUGCUGUAUAGUCUCAAAGAAGUUGAGAGGGCAUCGCGAUCUUUCGAGGAAGCAGUCUUAAUCAGUGCUGGACGGCAAUUUGUAUGCGUCCGGGACCUAGUGUUUAGAGUCCAGUCAGUCCUCUCCCCUGGUCAAUGGGCGCCAGCAACGCAAGGCAUCCCGAACACGGACACUUUGCCUCCUCUUCUUUUACCACCCGAGAGAGCACGGAAUACUGCCGGUCUUGUUUUCCCCGGGCGCGGCAAGUUGCCAGGCCUUGUUUGUGUACCAAACGGAGGUCCGAGGCGGGCAGCUAUACAAACAACAAGCAACUCAUUGUUGUCGCUUGCCAAGAUCUACCAGGACACCAUGUCAAGCGCAGCGGGUAGUUCGGUGCUUAACCAGCGUCCCUCCAGCAUUAACGACAUCCUCGCACUCUACUAUUUGUCUCUUUCUUUGCAAGAAAGCCCUUCAACGGCGAACAAUGUCGGCAUCCUUCUUGCCAGUGUGCAACAAGCCCCCAGCGCGGCCUCACAAUUCAUGGUAUCGAAUAGACUGCAGGCGUCGGGCAUACCCGGUAUCUUGCCGGGGAGUGGCCUCGCGCUUGCCCUGUCUUACUACAAUUACGGUCUAUCGUUAGAUCCAAAACAUGUUCACCUCCACACCAAUCUUGGAAGUCUGCUUAAGGAUAUCGGCCAGUUGGAUUUGGCUAUCCAGAUGUACGAACAAGCUGUCUCGUGCGAUGGUACAUUUGACAUCGCCCUGACAAACUUGGCCAAUGCCGUCAAGGAUCGAGGCCGCACUAGCGAUGCCAUCGCAUACUACAAGCGGGCAGUACUUUCGAAUCCCGACUUCGCAGAAGCUGUGUGCGGAUUAUUCACGGCACUGAAUUCGGUGUGUGACUGGAGAGGACGAGGAGGCUUGCUGUUGCCCGAAAACCAAUACGAUCGAUGGCAUGUUGACGACGACGGUAUGCUCGUGGAUGCUGCGGUCCAGCGUCAAGCGAGUGGCCUAACGAAGAAAGUGGUCGACAUUGUGCGGAAGCAACUCGAGGAGGCAUCGACUUGGGGUAUCGGUGCGCUUCCAGAAGAAUAUCUUACGAUCUUCGUUUCACAGUUGCAACAUGCGCAAGCCUUUGCUGCAGACGACGCAUUCAAAAUCACUUCUGGUCUUCGAUCAUGGUCUCGGAACCAGUGGGAAGGCUCGCGCAUUCUGCGCUUUGUCGAGCGGUCUACAAAAGCGGUUAUGCGACGGUGGUACUGCGACACAUAUAUCCUCGAUCUGACAACCAGAUCAACUUACAACCGGCCGAUGUUGCCGCCUGCUCUUACAGUUCCCUCCGCACCGACCGUUCUCCCAUUUCACACAUUUACAUGUCCCUUGACCGCCCAAGAUGUACGCAUGAUAUCGCAGCGCAAUGCAUUGAGAAUCUCAUGCUCGACAUUACGGGCGCCCUGGCUGCCACGCUCUGUCUAUCGACCCCCUCCUCCACCAUCGCCUCAACUCAACGUUGGUUAUGUUUCGUCUGACUUCAACAACCAUCCCCUUGCUCACCUCAUGCAAUCUGUGUUUGGCUUCCAUGAAAAAACCAAAGUCAAAGCCUUCUGCUAUGCAACCACUGCAAGUGAUGGCUCCGUCCACCGUCUGCAGAUUGAGCGCGAGGCACCUGUUUUCCGAGAUGCAAGCAGCUGGCCGUCGGAUCGCAUCAUUGAACAGAUUGUGGCAGAUGAAAUCCACAUACUUGUUAAUCUGAACGGGUAUACUAGAGGUGCCCGAAACGAGAUAUUCGCCGCGAGGCCAGCUCCCAUCCAGAUGUCUUUUAUGGGCUUCGCUGGAACAUUGGGCGCAGAGUGGUGUGAUUACAUUUUAGCGGACACAACCGCGAUCCCGCCUAGCACCCUCCGUCCAUGGAGGGGAAACCUUCAUGUUCCAGAUGUGUUUCAAGAUCAGACCGAAGAAGCGACUGGCGACUGGAUUUACUCCGAAAACGUCAUAUUUUGUCGCGACACCUUUUUCUGCUGUGACCACGCCCAAUCUUGCAGUCCGGAAGAGCGUCAUUUGUCAUGGGAAGAUGAACAACGCCGUCGAUGGCAAAUGCGCAAGGAACUUUUCCCCAGUUUUUCAGACGACACUGUCAUCUUGGGCAAUUUCAAUCAGCUUUACAAGAUUGAUCCAAGCACUUUCCGCUCCUGGCUACGCAUCCUUUCUCGUGUGCCCAAAGCGGUGCUCUGGUUGCUCCGCUUCCCUGAACUAGGCGAGACAAAUCUCAAGAGGACGGCAAAGGCAUGGGCUGGGGCAGAAGUAGCCAGCCGCAUCAUCUUUACAGAUGUUGCGCCCAAACAUCUUCAUAUUGCUCGAGCAAGAGUAUGCGACCUCUUCCUCGACACACCAGAGUGCAACGCCCACACAACAGCAGCCGAUGUGUUAUGGUCAAGCACUCCACUCUUGACAUUUCCGCGCUACUCAUUCAAGAUGUGCUCUCGGAUGGCCGCCUCCAUCCUCAAGGGCGCCCUACCCAAGGGUCCCGAAGGGCAACGCGCCGCUCAGGAGCUGAUAGCAUCGAGCGACGAAGAAUACGAAUCAUUGGCGAUACGGUUGGCCAGCAGUCUGGCGUACAAUGGAAGUAAAGAGUAUGGCGAAGGAGCGGGCCGCUUGGCUGAAUUACGAUACCUUCUGUGGAGGAGCAAAUGGAGUUGUGCCCUUUUUGAUACCCGAAGGUGGGUGGCUGACCUUGAAUUGGCUUACCAGGAGGCGUGGCGAAGAUGGGUCGCCGGUGAGGAUGGUGAUAUCUAUCUGUAAAGCUUCACCAACUGAGUACGACUUGGGCAAGGGACAUUCAUUUCUUGGACGUCGAGUAUAUCCUGCUCGAAUAGGCCAUGGGAGACGGGACUGGGUACCUUGUGCUCAAGGAAGCGUGCGUGCAUUUCCUGUUUUUCGGGCUCGUGUUACGGUGACGUCUUUUUCUCCUUUGUUUCCGUCGUCUUUUUGUUUUCUUCCACAUGUAUAAUACCCCGGACCCUCUUUCCUCACGUUUGUGAGAGGUGAGAUCCCAGCGAUGCCGCGAAUCCACGCUAGCAGACUCGAGCUUCUCCGAAAGAA